GUCUACCGUGUCCUUGGCCAGUGGCUGGGUAAUGGUCUCCUGCUUAGCGAUGGCAAAACAUGGCACCAGCGUCGCAAGAUUAUACACCCACCUUCCACUUUUCGAUUCUGGAACAGUUUGUGGAGGUCUUUGAUCAGCAAUCGAAUAUUUGUGUAGAACACUUGGCUCCAUGGGCCAAUGGAGAGACUUUUGAUGUCUAUCGGUUUGUCUGUGCCGCAACUUUGGAUAUCAUCGCGGAAACAGCCAUGGGCACUAAAAUACAUGCUCAGGCCAACGAGAGCACUCCCUAUGCGGAGGCUGUUAAAGAAUGCACUGCUCUGCUGAGCUGGCGCUUUAUGUCAGUUUACCUUCAAGUGGAGCUGCUUUUCGCUCUGACUCAUCCUCACCUGAAGUGGCGUCAAACGCAACUCAUUCGCACCAUGCAUGCCUUCACCAUUAAGGUGAUCGAACAGCGUCGCCAGGCUCUAGAAGAGCAGCGAAAGGAAUCUGGCUCUAACAUAAUGGAAGACGAUGUGGGUUCCAAACGGCGGAUGGCCCUGCUCGAUGUCCUCUUAAUGGCCACUGUGGACGGAAAGCCGCUAACCAAUGAUGAGAUCCGUGAGGAGGUGGACACUUUCAUGUUCGAGGGUCACGAUACCACCACCAGUGCUCUUUCCUUCUGCCUGCACGAGGUGUCGCGUCAUCCGCAGGUGCAGGAGAAGAUGCUAGAGGAGAUCCUGCGAGUGCUGGGCAAUGAUCGCAAUCGACCCAUCACCAUUAGAGAUCUUGGCGAGCUAAAGUACAUGGAAUGCGUCAUCAAGGAGUCACUGAGGAUGUAUCCAUCCGUUCCGAUUGUGGGACGCAAAUUGGAAAAGGACUUCAAGUACACCAAUAGUGUUUACGGAGAUGGAGUACUGCGCGGCACAGAGUUCUUGAUUGGAAUCUAUGCCAUCCAGCGGCAUCCGGACACCUACACCAAUCCGGAUGAGUUUAUUCCCGAGAGGCAUGAAGACGGCAAGCGUGUGGCGCCCUUCAAAAUGAUUCCCUUUAGUGCCGGACCAAGGAACUGUAUUGGCCAAAAGUUUGCCCAGCUGGAGAUGAAGAUGAUGCUGGCCAAGAUUGUCCGAGAGUACGAGCUUCUGCCGAGAGGAGAGCGGGUUGAGUGUGUUGUAAAUAUUGUCCUGCGAUCGGAUACCGGCUUUAAGUUGGGAAUGCGCAAGCGGAACAAUACAUAAGCUUAAGUUUUAUAGGGUUAAAAGAGGGAAUUUCUACUUAUAUUACUAUCUUAGAUACUCAGAAAUAUGUGCUAGGGUUUAAAUUACAAAUUAAGCAUUGAA